CCAUCAUUCAUUAUCAUUUUUGACUUGUAAAAUUUGGAAGUAACAUCUCACUUAAAAAUAUACUUAAAGAACCAUUGUAGUCGAAAUGAGGUUAUUUUUCUUCAUAAUUGUUUUGGCAUUGCCAUUUUUGGUGCUUGGAUUGGAUAAUGGAUUGGCUGUGACUCCACCAAUGGGUUGGCUGUCUUGGGAAAGAUUCACAUGCAACACAGACUGCAAAAAUGAUCCCGCCAAUUGUAUCGGUGAAAGACUUUAUAAAGAAAUGGCCGACAGGUUGGUGGCUGACGGUUAUAAAGAUUUGGGGUACGAAUACGUAAACAUAGAUGACUGUUGGAUGGAAAAAGAACGUGAUAAGGAUGGUAAACUUGUGCCAGAUCGGCAACGAUUCCCUAAUGGUAUUAAAGCCUUAGCCGACUACAUACAUUCAAAAGGACUCAAACUUGGUAUCUACCAAGACAUAGGUAGCAAAACGUGUGCCGGAUAUCCAGGGAGUUAUGGAUAUUUUGACGUGGAUGCAGCAACGUUUGCUGAAUGGGAAGUCGAUAUGCUAAAAGUUGAUGGUUGUAAUGCUGAUCCGAAACAAAUGGAUGAUUUGUAUCCAGUUUUUUCAACAGCUGUCAACAAAUCCAGCAGAGACAUUUUAUUCUCUUGCGAAUGGCCAUUUUAUCAACACGCAGCCGGAAUGAAGCCAAAUUACCAGCAAAUUGCCAAAUAUUGUAAUAUUUGGCGAAAUUUUUACGAUGUCGUAGAUUCAUGGCAAAGUAUUUUAGGAAUCGUUGAUUAUUACUCUCAGAAUCAGGACGAAUUUGUAGCAGCAGCUGGUCCUGGACAUUGGAACGACCCUGAUAUGAUCCUAGCGGGAAAUUUUGGUCUAAGUUAUGACGAAGCAAAAGCUCAGUUCAUGCUCUGGGCGGUACUAGCAAGUCCUCUUCUAAUGUCAAAUGAUUUACGUCACAUUCGAAAAGAAUUCAGUGACUUACUCAAAAACAAAGAAAUAAUUGCUGUCAAUCAAGAUUUUCUUGGAAAAAUGGGAAAGAGAGUGCAGAAAAACGGUAACAUUGAAAUCUGGGCAAGGCCUAUCUCUCCUACAGACGAAAGCGGAAAAUAUUCAUACGCGAUUGUGUUUUUAAACCGAAAUCAGUUAGGUGGACCAGCAUCUGUUUCUGUUCAACUCAAUUCAAUAGGUUUAGAUAGCUCAAAUUGCUAUUCAGUUUACGAUGUUCUUGAUCCUGAAGUCGUAACGAAGUACUGUCCUCAAGAUACUUUGAAAGUUCAAGUAAACCCAUCAGGAGCUACUAUGGUGAUAGCAAAACACUAAAAAAAAGAUCCAAACAAAAAUUCAUUUUAGAUUUCUGCAUUCUUUUCUCAAUAGAUUGAAAAAGGCAGUCGAAAGUGUAUUAUAGUGAGUAACCAUUCAAAUCGUUCACUGCAAGAUAAUUAUACUGUAAAAAUUUUAUUCGCGAAAGAUAUCUUUUUAAACAACUGUAAAAAAUAUGCAUAAAUAUUUCCAAAUAAUAACACAUGUUUUUAAUAAACUUUUUUUUAUUUUGGAA